UCUUGGACAGCAAUCAUGCCUGUCAGUAAAAAAUCCAAGAUGGCUAUGCACAUCAAUUACAGGAUGCGCGCCACUUUGCAGGAUACAAGGAUGUUUAUUGGUACUUUAUUAGCUUAUGAUAAACAUAUGAAUAUUGUAUUGGGGGAUUGUGAUGAAUUUCGUAAGAUUAAAUCAAAGUCAUCCAAGAAUCAAGAACGUGAAGAAAAAAGGUCUUUAGGCUUAGUAAUAUUACGUGGUGAAAAUCUGGUGUCGUUAACAGUGGAAGGUCCUCCGCCAGCAGAAGUAAGUCUUCUUGAAAGAGCAAGAGUUCCUGGCUUUUCUGCCACUCCUGGUCCUGGCAUUGGCCGUGCAGCAGGAAGGGGAGUGCCCAUUGCAAUUUCUUCUGUUUAUCAAACAGGCCUUUCGGGACCUGCAAAAGGUGUUGGUGGGCCUGGACAACAAGUUAUGACACCUCAAGGUCGUGGGGCUAGUGGUGCACCUCCACAAUUUCCACCUUCGGCAGUUCCUGGCCCUCCAGGUUCAAUGCCUCCAGGUGGCCCACCCCGUCCUGCAGCUCCUAUUGGAGGGCCCCCAAUGAUGGGCCGUGGUAUGCCUCCAAGAAUGCCACCAGGUCCUCCUGGCGGUCCUCCGCUAUUUGGGAUGCCACCUAUGCCGCCUGCUGGUAUGUCAAGGGGUAUGCCUCCGCCAGGUAUGCCAGGAGUUCCUCCACCCGGAAUGCCUCCUCGACCACCAACAGGGGCUCGUCCGCCACCAUCGUAAUACUUUUUUCCUUAAUACACUGUGUUGAAGUUUUGUAUAUUUUAUAUUCUAUUCAUCAAUACCGACUUAAAUUCCGACAAAUUGUCA